AUGUCUGAUCAAGUUCCCAUGUGGGGCAAAGCUGUGAGUCAGAAGAUCAUUUUUGCAGAGCAUGAGCUUGCAGGAUGCAGGUACCAAGAUGCAGUGAAUUUCAGAGAGAUCAGGGAGGAAAUUGCAUCAGCUCAAGCAACAGUGGCAAACAAUGCGGUGCAAAUCAUCACAGCCUCUGAUGAGACAGGUCUGAAAAAAGUUGCAGGCAUGAGGACGAUGUCUGCAAACAGCUAUGAUGAGAAGUACAGGCUGACAUAUGAAGCCAGACAGAAGACUUACAACAUUGUUGGUGAAGGCCCCUUGACAGGGGAAGUGGCCAAAGGCUUGCUUGUCUUUGGAGGCCAGCAUGCACGAUUGAGCAAUGUAGAUGAGCAAUGCAAGUGGAUAGAGACAGAGGAGUUCCUGAUUGGAGACAAUAAGGUGCAGCAUGAGGCAGGCACAGUCUGCAACGUCAUGAAGCCCUUUGUGAAGCUCAGGAAUGAGUUUCCAGGCCUCUUUGAGAAGAUCUCCAUCAUGACUCAGCCUGCAAGCAACUGUGAUGGAGUGUUGAUGAAGUGGAUUGCAAUGGAGCAAGCCAUGCAGGAGCCAGCAGGAAUCGCAAUCAAAGAUUCAUUUGCUGCAAAUUUUGCAGCUGAGACAGAACAGGCAGAGCACAUUUGCAACAUAGCGUCAGCUCACAUCUUAGGUCACAUGACUGCCCAGUUGCAAGUCACAGACACAGACUUUGCACGAGCUUUUAAGCACAAGUUCAAGAAUGAGUUGGAUGAGAUGAGGAGGGAUUACAAGAAGGAGAAAGGCACUGAGAAGGGAUUCAGCAUUGGCUAUGAGCAAAUCAUCAGAGCAGCAGUAUCCAGCGAAGACUACAUGGAGGCCAUGAAGGAGAAAACCAAUUGGGUGGUGGAGGCAGCCAUCAGAAAUGGUUUAGUGGCAUACAGGUGCAGCCCAUCAGGUGAGUUGAAGAAGAUCACAGAUGAGGAGUGGGCAUGCAAGACGGGAACAAGGAGGAUCCCAUCAGACUGGCUGGAGAAAAGGUACUCAUGGCUGCAGGAUGGAGUUCCAUCAAUACCAGACUUCAGCUUGAGUCGAGAUGCAACAUGCAUCACAGACCUCAUCAGCUGGAGCAAUGCUCAUCCAGUUCAGGAUGGAGAGGAGGAAGAGCAUCAAGUUCCGGCAGAAGAUGAGAAGGAGCAUGCAGAGAAGGAGCAUGAAAGCAAGCAUGAGGUGGAGGCAGCAAAGGAGAAUCAAGAAGUUGAUUUCACAGACAUCAGCGAUGAGAAAUGGUUGAGCAAGAAGCUGCUGUCCUCCAUAGGCAAGCAAGAAGCAUUAGGCCAAAUCCAGGCCAGAAGCAACAACAAGAAGAGGGUUGGCAAGAGGCUGUUGAAGAAAAGCACCAAAGCAAAACCAUCAGCAAAGACAAAAGCGAGUUUGAAGACUAAACCAUCAGCAAAGGCCAAGCUUCUGAAGAAGGGCCGCAUGAAGAAAAGUACUGAUGGAGUUGGUAAAAAGCUGCUGGCCAGUAUGAAGAAAGACAUGCAGCAUACAGAGCAUGCAGAUGAAGAGAAGCCACCAUUGCCACCACCAUCAGAACAUCCUUUGAUGGGCCUAGAGGUAAGAGUCACAGAUGAGCAGGCUGGGCCCAAAUCUUUUGGAAAGACAGGGGCAUUGAGCAGCAUCAAUGAGCACAAGGCCACUAUUUUCACAGCCAGUGGCACCGUCAGCUGUGGCACAAGCCGCAUUGAGGAAGAAAGAGCAGAGUGGAAGAAGCCAGUGCAACAUAAGCAGUUCAACUCCUUGAGCAGAGCAGUGAUGCAGAAGAUUUUGGAAGCCAUGGUGCAGAUGCUGGAUCCAGCUUUGGUGGCCAGAUUGAGCACCACUUUGACCAGUGAGGAUGAGGAGACAUUUCAGCAUCCCCAGGCAAGCAUUUUGAGCUUUGCACCAGGUGUGGAGAUGCUCCUUUGCCCAAUCCAGGGCCACACUCCUGCACAUUGGACAUUGCUUGUGAAGGAUUCAUCAGGCUGGCCAGACCAGCUGCAGAGUGAUUGGAAGAUCAAGCUGCAGAAGCUUCAGAAGGCAUUGCAGGGAGAGUUUGAUAAGCUGAUGAAGGCCAAACAUGAGGCUGAGAAACAAGCAGCAUCUUUGAAGAAAAAGCAGGAAGAUGCACAUACCAAAGCAUCAGAGAGACUGAAGAAGUUGAAAGAUCACAAAAGUGCAGCCGCAUUAGAUGCCAUAGCCAGCAUGACAAAGCAUUCCCAGUACUUCAGAGUCAAGGAUUUAUCAGACCAUGCAGUUUAUCAGAUCCAGCGUGCAGAGGAGAAGCUGACAAGAUGUGGAAGCUGCAGGUAUCAAACUGGCUGCUUGAGAUGUGAUGCAGCCAAAGCCCUCAGCUACCACAUCAGAAAUGAAGCUCAGAAGGCCAAUAAAGUACCAAAGUGGGAAGGAGGGGUGUUGUUGGUUGUGGUGGUGGUGGUAGUGGUGGCGGUGGUGGUAGUGGUGGUAGUGGUGGUGGUGGUGCUGCUGCUGCUUGCUCAAGUGGAAGCAUCAGGAGAAGAGAAGGAAGAGGACUAA